AUGCCUCAAACAGUCUUCCUCGUCACCGGCACCACCUCUGGCAUCGGCGCCUCCCUAGUCAACCACAUCAUCUCCCGCGGCGACAAAGUCAUCGCCUCUGGCAGAAACGUGGAAAAGAAACUCGCCCACCUCAAGUCCAAGGACGUGGCUCUGCUGGAACUCGAUGUUGCAGCGGGCAAGUCCGUCGUGGAAGCUCAGGUGAAGAAGGCGUGGGAGAUUUUCGGACACAUUGAUGUCUUGAUCAACAAUGCCGGCAUGUCUGCCAUGAAGACUAUUGAAGAUGCCGACGACGACUACAUCAACACCAUGUUCCGGGUCAACGUCUUCGGCCAACUGCACAUGUCUCAGGCCAUCCUGCCCUUCUUCCGCGCCCAAGGCCACGGAAUCAUCUCAUUCACUUCCUCCGGCUGUGCUUGGGGAGCACUCCCCUUCCUGGGCCACUACUGCAUGACAAAGGCAGCGUUGAGCUCCUUCGCCGAGAGUCUGCACAAGGAAGUAUCUCACAUGGGCAUCAAGUGCGUUGCCUUUGACAUUGGUGGCUUUCCAACUCGUCUGGCUCAGCCUCGUGAGGGCGAAGACGCCGCUGAUGCCACGGUGAAUCCAGACGACGUGUCUAUCCCUCAGGCUCCCGUUUCUGAGCCCUAUGCAGGGGUUUUUGGCCAGUAUCUCAAUCUGUUCAUGCCUGACCACACGUGGGUUAUCCCCGGCGACCCUGACAAGGCGGCAUCCGCAAUGGUGCAGGUUAUUCAACGUGAAGGACCUGCGGCAGGUCGUCCCUGGGCAGUUCGCGUCGUUUUGGGGUCGGAUAGCUUGAUUUAUGCGACGAAAAGGCGUGCGGAAGAAACCAAGCUCUUGGAGAAAUGGAAGGAUGUGAGCUCAAGCACUGACGCGAGAGAAUUUGUGCUUAAGCCCGAGUAUGAGAAGUACAUUGCCGUUGCUGGAGCUGAAGAGUAA